AUGAUGUUUCUGGAGUCACGUUCUACCGAAAAUUACGCCAUGAAGAAUCCAGCCAUAGCUUCAGAUCUUAGCCAGUUGUCUCUGUGUUUCUUCAUCAAACUUGUUCAAGACCAAGGGGAUCAGAUAGUCCUCAGCUAUGCCCAUGAAGAUGACAAUGACAUGAUUUUCUUAAUCUAUCCAACACGAACACAUUUAUAUGUUGGCAACAAAUUGUUCUAGUAAUGCUGCAUAUAUUUUUUAAUAGUCGGUCGGGGAAAUUCUUAUCUGAGACGCGAGAAGCCAUGAUAGAGGAAAUGCUACGAUCGGCUUCUUCCUUCUAGACAGUUAACACCUAGCAGUUGAAGGGAGGGAGAAAGUUAAACAUACUAACAGACGAAAGGCUUCUUUCUCUUUUCUUAUCAAGGUUUAAAUACCAAACAUGUUGAUCUUUGACCAAAAGAAUUUUAGACGCAUUUUCCUUACCCUUUGCAAACAACUAACCACAGAAACUAUACGGUGAGCGAAUUCUCUAUUUUAUAAGUAAUUGCAUAAAUAAGAGAUUGACUGACUAAUUGAAUGAAUGAAUGAAUGAAUGAAUGAAAGCAAUGGAAGCUUGAAUGUAUAAAACGAAUAAGUGAUUGAUAAACGAUUGAUUGAAUGGCUUAUAAUUUACUGACUGUUUUAUUGACUGACUGCUGACUGACAAACUGAAUGACUCUAUUGACUGGGUUAGUGACGAUGCAAAAGGAGGGUCUUGAAUGAUCGAAUAUAUUUAGUGUUGUCUGCUUUUUGUUUCGUUUUGUUUUAGG